CCAGUGCAGUAAAGUGAAACAGUGCAACAUUCUUGCAACAGCCGCUGACAUUUCCGAAACGGUACUUUUGUGAAACCUAAUCGUGCAACGAUGUGGAAACUGGUGACGCUGUUGGCGGUGCUGUUCGCGUUCGAGGCCAGUUUUGCAAAAGAAUCCAUCCCAUCGCUGAUCGAUACGGACACGGCACACGGUACGGACGGCGCAUCCAGCCGACAGAGCAAAGCCGUCUCGUCCCACUGUCCACGGUCCUGCCCGGUACAGAGCUCCCCGCAGGAACCCGUCUGCGGCAGCGAUGGUCUAAUCUACGCCAAUCUGUGCGAGAUGAAGAAGAAAACGUGUACGAAAGCGGCACCGAACGCGGUCACCGAAGACAAGGCCGGCUGCGAACGGUCGAAGGGUUCGCCGUGCAACCAUCGCUGCCCAACCGAGAAGGAUCUGGUGUGUGGUACGGACGGACGCACGUAUCUAAACCGGUGUAUGUUGCGUGUGCAGGCGUGUCGUGUUGGUACGGCGGCCGUUUCACUUGCUCACGUCGGUCCGUGCGCGAACGGUAGCGUGAUUCGCGAAUCCUGUCCCGUUGAUUGUAACAGCGCUCCUCAGGACGGUCCCGUUUGUGCAUCGGACGGUAACGUGUACAACUCCACCUGCCAGAUGAAGCUGAUCACCUGCGGCCAGGGUGUGGUCCGAACCAGCCGUAAACACUGUCAAAGCACACGAAACUGUCGUGAAUCGUGUUGGCGUGUAGCCCGCCCAACCUGUGGCUCUGACGGUCGUCUGUACGCUAGCGCUUGUAAGAUGCGUGCAUCCAACUGUGGCAAGCACGUGUUCGAAGUGCCGAUCUCGUACUGUAUGUCUCAGGAGCGUGCCGGUGGUAGCUCGCACAGUGCCAGCAACAAGAUCGAAGACUGUCCGACCGAAUGUCCGAAGGAUGCGCAGCAGAUGAUUUGUGGCAGUGAUGGCAAUAUCUACACGUCGAUGUGUGAACUGAAGAUGCUCAAUUGCGGACAAAAGAAAAAGAUUCAGGCACUAUCGCUGGACCGUUGCAAGCAGAAGAUGAGCCGCUGCAAGUCACUGCCCGCCUGCAAGCAGCACUCGAAGAACGGAGCUUCAUUCUUCGGCGAUCAGAAGGACAUGCUGUGCGGUACUGAUUCGAAGACGUACAACAACGAGUGUGAGCUGGCCCGCGCAACCUGUCUCCGUGGUGUACAGUUGGCGCACAUCGGACCCUGCACCCAGCUAAAGUCGAAGGUCGACGUAACGGACUGUAGCAGCUGUACGUACGACGAGGAACAGACUGGUCCAAUUUGUGGCUCGGACGGUAAUACCUACAAAUCGCGCUGUGAGAUGAAGCAAAAGACCUGCGGACUGCGUGUGGUGCCCGUGUCGCUGAAGAACUGUGCCACUACCGCACUGUGCGAGGCCAACUGCGAACAGCAACCGACCAACUACGUGUGUGGCUCGGACAACAAGUUGUACCCGAACGAGUGCCACAUGCGACGGGAAAACUGUGGACGCCAUAUGUUCCUGGUGCCGAUGAAGCGUUGCCUAGCGGCGUUCUCCUUCAAGGGCUGCUCCAAGAUCUGUCCACAGGAGUUCGAACCGGUGUGCGGUACCGAUGGCAAGACGUACUCCAAUGAAUGUUUCCUAAGCAUCGAAAACUGCCGAUCGCGAUCGAUGGUACAGAAAAAGCAUGUUGGACCGUGUGGACGACCCGAGGAACCCUCGCACAACUAUCUCUACUAGA